CCCCGAUAGAACCCAUUUAUUUUCUAUGAGGUGCAUCUAACUGCACCGUCUUAGCCAUGGAUACUAGAAAACCUUAGGCGUCUAGGGAGUGUGCUUGUAAUCAGAUUUAACAGAACAUGGCGGAAAUGUUACAUUCUACACGGUAACAAUAAUGUAGCCGUGUGUGUGUGUGGAAAACAUCGCUACAAGAGGCCGCUAUCGAAUGUAGAAAAAUCAAAGAUGGCAGCCGCAUUGGGGGAUACCCCCAGUAGCUGGGAUAAUCAUGGAGAUAGUACAGAUGCUGUGGUAGAUCAAACCCGUGCUCUGUCUCUCCUGAUGGACAAACUACAUGGACGCGCUGCCCAGCACAAAAACUGGGCUGAAAGCAUCAAGGCAGUCCGUAUGGCCAUCAUGAAUGACAAGCGGCAGCAGUCGGAUGCUUUGGAGAGGAUGCACAUACAGACAUGUUUGGACAAACUUCAUCGGGCCAUUAAAGUGGUGAAUCAACAGUCUUUACUGGAGAGGUUGGAAUCCAUUGCCCGUCAGUUGGGUCUUAGCUUCAGUGUGCCUUCCUCACCAGAGAACCGUGCUGUCAUCAGCUCUGAGAUGUUCCAAGUGGAAAUUAUCAUGGAGACUGGGGGUGUAGUAAAGGAUGUCAAGGUUUUUCACAAUGGAGAUCCAACGAGUUGUGAGGAGCUUACAGAAAUAUUAAGCAAGGGGCAGUUUGACGAGUUUGUUGUUCACUUGGAAGGUCUGCAGGAUAUCUACAAGAUACCGGGUGACAAAAAACAGAAGUCAAAGGCCUUCUUAGCCUUGCAUUCUCUGGAGACAGAUCUCAACAACCUUGCUCAGCUACAAAGUGCUAUUAAGGGGGUGGCCAACUGUAUCCACAAGUCACCGCUAGGAAUUCUGCUGCCAAGGAAAGGUGGAUGUCCAAUGAAAUUGAUUUACUUUGUUUCACCAUAUGAUCUGUUAGACAAGAAAACAAAAUCACCACAUCCGAUGACAGUAGAAGCUAUUACGGAGUACGAGCUAGGCCAAAGUGUGACCGUGUGUAUAGAACCCUGCAAUCCUAAUAAACUACAAACCAUGCCACUGAUGAGUGUUGUCAAACAAGAAGGCAAGAGUCUUCCUUGCUUCCAAGGCCUUUCCAAUGUUAACAGCUGUACACUGUCUGCGAGUUUUGUGUUGGUUCUGCCUCAGCCGAUUCCAGUGGCCAUGUCUAACGUGCAAUCUAUCCAAAGUGUUACAGAACUAGAUGUGAUAUCUGUUGGUGAGACGAAGCCCUUGUUACAGCUUAUAAAGCAACGUGCAGCCAAAACACAGAAUCAUACAGAGGGCAAUGAAUUUUUUGUUACAUUGCCUGACCAGCAGCAUGUUUACUUUAUGUGUGACAUCAGUGGGUGUUCACUUGACCAGCCGGCCGUGAUGGUCAGCAGAAUCCCGUUCACACAUCCGACCAGUGUGGCUCAAGUCCUUAACCACCUACGACAACAAGUCAUCUUUAAUACUGUUAUAGAGAGUUGUAUUCGGCCAAACGCACAGCAGGAUAUUAAGAGUUCGGUAGUGUUUGAUUUAGCUGCAGCCUCCCUACAGAGUCUGACGGUUACGUUUGAGCAUCCAUUACAGGAUACCAUGGUUACAGCUGAUGUCGACUUAUGUGAUAUAACCAAUGUCAAGUUCAAAGUGUGUAUAGGCCAGGAUGGUGAGGAACUCUGCUCGGAUGACAUAGCAACGAAAAUAUUCCAAAGGUGUUUAUCUAUACCUGUAACCCUGAGAUCCGUAAUUCAUAAAGUGUCAGAAAAGCUACGCAAGGAGCCGUCACCGGAACCUGUACAAACUAACCACAGGAAGCAGUGGCCAAACUUUCUACCUAUUCGCUACAAUCCUGUUCAUUUUCCCAUAGAUAAUAAACAGACAAAUCUACUACACAAUCUGUUGCCACCACAACAAGUGCCCAUCAAGAUGCAGCCUAACAUAGCUGUACCUGUGGGCCUACCUCAGAACCCAGUAAUGGACACUAGCACCACUCCCACGGAUGACAAGCCUAGUAGUAAUCCCCUCCUGGCUACUCUUCUGGACCAGGACUCUCCCAGUCCUGAUUCAUCUCCUGUUAACGAAAGUCCCAUGUUGUCCAAGUUACUGGGAGAUGAUACUCCAGCCCUAGCUUCCAGUAUCCCCGCCCCACGGGCACAGAAACCUAGAAAACUUGGCAAAAGACGCUCGCGAGAUACGCUCAGUGGACGGAGUCCAAAGCAUCGAGUGUCAGACAGUGAUAGUAGUAGUGUUAGUAUGGACCAUUUAGAUUCCAGUAUUUCUUUUGAUGACUUACAUCAUCCUGGCACUGCUGGAGGUGGGGGAGGAGGACCAGGGGGAGGGGUGGGUCAUCCUCACCCUCAAACCAUAGACCUUACCACUCCUGAACCAUAUCCCAUGGAAUCACCCAUGAAGAAGUUAGAAAACACUUUGGAUAGAAUUAUACCAAAGGACCAACAGCAAUACCAGCAGCUUCAGCAACAACAGCUACACCAACAACAACUCCAACAGCAGCAUCAGCAACACCAACACCAACAACAACAACAGCAGCAACAACAUCAACAGCAGCAAAACCAACACCAGCAACAAAACCAGCACCCGCAACAAAACCAACAUCAACAACAAAACCAACAUCAACAACAAAAUCAACAUCAACAACAAAAUCAACAGCAGCUGCAAUACCCGCCACAGCACGAUCUACACAAUCGACAGGAAAACGAAUUAUCCAUGUUGUUAUCCGAUGGCAAGGACGCGGAUAACAGAAAUUUUUACCCAACAUCCAAUGCCGGGUCAAAAAACGAGAUAUCGUCUACCUCUCUUGAGGCGCUCCUCAUAGGGUCGGGAGAGGUAACAAAGACAACAGAUCCAAGCUUCUACACAAACAGUCAAACCAACCUUCGCGGGGAACUCAGAAAGGGACUGACAUCACCGGGAGUGGUGAGACAAAACUCUAAUCAAAAUGCUCAAAACCAACAUUCCGGGGAGUCGGGGGAACACAAUCCCUCUAGUGUUGGCUCUUCCCGCGGUUCAACUAGCUUUUCCCCUAACUAUAGUGAUUGUGACACUCCAAGGGAAAACAAUUAUAAGUCUUGUGAUAGUCAUCCGUACAGUCUGAGUGCAAUGUUGAGUAGCAAUGUUAGCAGUGGUGCUAACAAAACGGCAGCUAGCUUUCCCACCACACAGAUGGUGUAUAGCAACAACGUCAGUGUGCAACAGCGAGAAAUUAAACUUGAAAAGAUGGAAAAUUCCUCUCUAAGAUCGCUAUUAGAUGGAAAGAGUCGAUUAGAAAACAGUAUUGUGAAUAGUGAUAUUCCGAUAAAGGCGGAACGGAACCUAAAUUUGAAAUUAACAUUAAAAAGGGCACCUCGUGUUGUUGAGAGUUCACCGUCGCAUGUUAGCGAUGUAUCAUUGCCAAAGAGUAAAAGUACUGGAAUGUUUGACUUUCAAAGUGACGAUGAUGAGCCUUUUGAGAAUUUUAAGGAACGUAGAAAUAUGACAGUGAGUGUAAUUGCGCAGUCCCCUACCAGGCUCCAGAUUAAGCCUAAAAUGGCAAAUAUUUAUGAUUCUAACAGUAGCAAAGUAGACAAGUACAAAAAAAAUGAACUAAGGCAUAGUAGUAGUGUAGGAGAUACUGGCAAGAGGAAACGAAAGCUAGACUCCAAAAAAGAGAAAAAGAAACGAAAAACUGGAGACCGAGGUAGUGAUUCCAUGGGGGAGGCAGCUGUGUAUACAACGUCUACUAUGGAAACUGAGGUGAAAAGUGACAAUUUGAAAGUGAAAUUUAUCAAAAGUGGUAGUAAAGUUUCCAUGGAAAGUAGUCCAAAGACUUCAUCCCCUUCCUCUUCUAAAGACAGAGAGAAAGGAGAAAGUUCAAGGAAGGCUUCUAAAGAACAUUCAGACAAGUACGAAGUGUCUUCAGUAAAGAGUAAAUCCUCGUCAUCUAGUAGUCAGAAAUCUUUAUCAUCAUCGCAUAGACACCGUUCGAUAUCAUCACCUAGUGUCACGGUCAGUAAAGCCGACUCCAAGCUCAUCACUAAAACGCCCACAAUAAAGCUGAAACCCAUUACCAUGCCUCACAGUUCGUCUGUAAAUGUUCCAUCUGUCAAAACUCCAACGACAAGCUCAAACUCCUCCAGCAAGAAUUCACUCACACCAACAUCAGCAACGAUAGGCCGUAUAGGGGCGGUGUCGUUGGCAACCUCUGGCAGUUCUAAAAGUGGGUCAAUGACACCGCCCCCCUCUGGGAAAUCCUCUACAUCAGCGUCAGUGAAAACGCCCCCAAUUGGCAAGGGGCCUACGGCAGCAUCUAUUUAUUCAAGCAAGUCUCAGACAUCGUCGUCUACCUCAGGGAAGUCGUCUGCAGGAUCCUCCAGUAGAAAUCUGGCAACGACCGGUCGAAACUCUACAGGGAGUCUGUCCAAAGGGUCUAACGGACUGCCAUCUAGUGGAAACAAAAUGUAUUCUUCUGAGAGGAAAGGUGGAUCGCCAUCACUCUCUGCUGGAAGAAAUACACCAAAUUCCUCUGUGAAGUCGAGUAGUUCCCUGACAAAAUCAUCUACCUCAUCCAGCAAACCCCAGUCUGGGAGCUCAACCAAUGCCGCCAAUGUGUUAUCUUUUCUCAACACAAAUGCCAGUGGAAUAGCUAGUCUACCGCCAAUACCAAAACGAUCUGCAUCCUCAUCGUCUUCUUCUUCCAACAAAUCCACUUCCACACCGCUGUCUGCAGCAAAUCCUCCCUCAUCCACUGUGUCCUCUACGUCUUCCUAUUCCUCGCCUGUAAAUGCUACAGCUGCCAUGAAAUCAUCGAGUGCUAUAAACAGUAGUAGUACCAGCACAUCAGUUUCUAAACCCAACAGUGUCUCUGGAUACGGUGGAGGCACCAACAAGGGACCGGGGGCCCCACCAUUCACAACUGCUAGUAAAGGGGGUAACCCAAUCAACAAGUCCAACAACGCCCCGGUUCCUAGCCAACAUACUGUCAAUAAAUCUGUGAGCAACAAUUCCACACCCACCAGUAAUGCUAAUCGUAGUUCUAACAAUACUGGUGUGUCUAACAGGCCUUCCCCAAUGUCUGGAACAACAAGUGACACUUCCAACAAAAGCUCAAGUAAGUCUGGUGGUACACCUUCUUCGGGUUCUAAUAACAUUAACAACCAUGGUGUCAACAACAAAAUCUUCCCUCCAAGCACAGCAUCACACAACUCCAGCAGUAGUAAGCCUAGCCACACAUCUGUCAACAGCACAGAGCGUGAACCAGUGAGGAAGCCGUCGUUGGUGUCAACCCCUCCGACUACUGUCAGUAGUAGCAGCGUUACUGCAAGUGUUAACAGCACAGUCAGUAGUACUGUAAGUGGUGGUUGUACAACUAGUAGUCCUGUUAGUACAACCGUUACCAGUACAGUCACUGUGACUGUCCCGUCUGUCAGUGGAGGAAACGGCAGCACCCCGGCUACUCACACCUCACCUAGUAGUUCUACAGGAGGAGGGACAGCUUUGUCCGCAAGCGCUAUGGCCAAAGCUCGGGCAAGGAAAAGUUCCUUGUCUGCCGUCAUAGACAAACUCACAAAGUCCAGUCAGCAGAGUGUUCAUGUUAGUAGUGUUCCCGAGGGUGGUGAAGAGUCUCCAGGUGGGGAGGAACGCGGGUACGACGAUGCCUUUGAGGCGGAAACAGAGCUGCAGGAAGGUGGCGCUGCUGCUGUCAAGAAAUUCGUAAAUGCCCAGCCCAGUGAGGUGGGCAAAAGUGUGAGCAACAAGUCUGUACAGGGCAGAGGGCGACCAGAAACUGUAGACAAUAAAGGUGUACCUAGUGCCCAGAAGUCACCUGGUAACAAGGGCUGUGUAGACAGUCCAAGUAAAAAGGGAGGGGGUGGUGAGACUUGUAAAUCAUCAGCUCCACGCGAUGGACGUAGUGACUCCAGAAAUUUGUUCUCAUCAAUCAUGGAUAGUUUAUCGUAUGAAGAACAGACUUCCAAGGGAGAUAAAUCUGUAGGUGAAAGUGAUAAAAGUGUAUCCAAUUCCAAAAAUAAUUCAUCGUCACAAGUUCUGAAUGUUGGCAGUAAUGAACGUGAGGGUGGAUCAGUGUCACGGGAUGUUGACCACCCUAGUCCUGCUAAAAAAGCGAGAACUCACUCUCCAAAAACAAAUCCCAACAAAUUCAAUGGGGAAACAUCCUCACCUAGGGAUGCGGAAAGAAAGGGUGAAAAUGAAAAGGAUUUCUUUAAAGUGCCAACACCCAAGUCUAACAGUGUUGAAGAGAAGGACUUGGAGGACACAGAGAAUUUGGUAGUGAGGAGAAAGGCGCGGACUAGUACGACUAGACCAGUUCUGAGUCCAGCUAGUCCUGCCAGUAGUCCAGAAAAUCUUAUCAUUGAUUGUCAGACAAUGUCUCCACGCACGCUCCAAAACAAAACCAACUCUCCGCAGUGUAACCAGGACAUCGCCGACACGGUCAUAGAAAACAACAGAAGGAUCAACUCCAGCAUCAAGACUUCCAAGACUCACACGCCAUCUCCAAAGUUAAAGGGAACGCCUCCAACGAAUUCUCCUAUCACCGUGGUGACCAAGGACCACUCCAACCCUAGUUCUGUUUCAAACCCCUCUCCGUGUGACAUUGAUGAUGACCUCAUGAAUGAGGCCAUUAUGGGCUUCAACAGCUGAAUUUGUGUUGUAGUAAGGGUGUGUUCAACAGCUGAAUUUGUGUUGUAGUAAGGGUGAGUUCAACAGCUGAAUUUGUGUUGUAGUAAGGGUGUGUUCAACAGCUGAAUUUGUGUUGUAGUAGUAAAGAGGUGACUCUGUCAACAGUCUGCCAUAGUCAAAUCACUGUAGUAGCCCUUCCACUUUCAAGACAGUCAAUCUUUAGUGUUUCUGGUAAGCUGUUAAAAUUUCACAUAUCUAAUAUUUUGGGGCAGUGUAAGUCGGACCUAGUAUUAAAAUUUGCGCAACCACUCUUUGUUUAACAUGUUCAGCAGUAAACACUUCUGUAAAUCACUGCUUUUUAUUUUUACGAUAUUGAUAAUGAGCGCGAAUACAGCGAAAUUAAAUGCUCUGCAAAUAUUACCAGCUACACAGUGACUUGUCUUACAGAGCACACGUUCAGUAACAUAUAUUGUAUACUGUCAUAGGUACGUUAGUGAUAAGAACUUAUUAAUCAGUUGUACUAAGGUGGUUGUAUGCUGAUGUCCUGAUAUCGAUCUUACAUUUUGGUAUAAAAGGUAAUAACUUAAGUUAUUUUUCCAUGGUCAGGAUGCAUGUUAUUUAGUGAUGUGCUGAUCGACAAAGUACUGAAAAUAAUUGUAUGAUUGAACUGCAGGGGAAUGAAUCGUACUGUAAGUUAGUACAUCAACAGUAGUUGGUCUAGUCAAGCUUCUCAGAAUCAUUAUUUUUCAAAUACAAUUUUGAGCCUUUGGUUUACCUUUUGAAUCUAAAAAAAAAAACUUGUCAAAAAGAAAAUACUGUUCCAAAAUAUUUUUACUGUCAAUUAAGAAUCAGAUAAACUCGUUUAUCUAAGAAUAACCAUAAAUCAUCUAAGAAUAACCAUAAAUCACAUUUAUAAAUUAUAAAUAAAGCUUUUGGAUGUUUUAAUAAUUUGGAAGUUAUUGUCAUGGGACUAUUUUUUAUACAUUUGUCACUUUGGAAUCAUAAUAUAAGGUGGAAGAUGAUUAACGUUAUCAUGAUUAAACUUUGAAUCUCAAAUUGUCAGGAGUUGGGUUCAGGAUUUAAGCGAUGAUGGGGAAAGCUGUUUUUCAGACUAGGCAUUGGCUUGAGGCAGAUGUGAUGGAGGGAAAGCUGUUUUUCAGACUUGGCAUUGGCUUGAGGCAGAUCUGUGAUGAUGGGGAAGCUGUAUAACGGAGUGGGUGGAUAUUUUGUUUUAGGUCUGUCAAACUGAUUAUAACUGUGAAUGAGUAACAUCUUAAAAGGGAGAUCUUUAUAAGUGUAGAUGAAGGAUGAAUAACUAGUCAUAAUUGAGAGAUGAGGGGGGAAAUAGUUGAUGUAUAACGAGAGUAAGACAUGAUGGGGCUAUUAUAGUGUUGUAUGUUGUAUGUCCUAGGAUAAGAGCUAAGUAUGGUGAUCUUGUGUGGCAAAGGCCAAUCACAAAAAGGUUCAGGAAAACUAAUUGUUAUGAUAGUGCUUUGAUUGAACAACACUGUUGUGUUGAAAUAUGAGGAGAUACAAGGCGAUGAGUAUGAAUUUACUCCAGUAGUAAUAGCGAACACUUAUUGUUGUAACCAAGUCCAUCGAGUGAUCCUUAGUGCUACAGUAUAAUGAAUAUGUCAGAUAAAUCAGUACAAGGCUUAGCACCAGAUAACAGGUAUUAUUAAAUAUGGGUAUGUUCAUGUUGACCUUGAUGAGGGCAACCUCCAUUUAAUGAUGUCAUGAGUUGUAUUUAAGAUCUCAAUCUAUCUCCAGUAGCCUCCCUCGUAGAUUUUGUGAAGAUCAUUUCAUGCCAAGCUUAAUACCUUUCUUGGAAAUCCGUUAUACUGUCAAAAUCUUUUAACUUCAUUAACAGUUAAAGCAGUAUUUGAUGUUGAAAGUCCUCUAAACCUUUUUUUUUGUAUGUUUGUUCCUUCACAAGAAGUCGAAUAUGUAUGUAAACAAUUUUCCAAAGAAUGUUCAUUCAAAAAUCACUUUUUGACCUUAUUGUGUGACUCUUUAAAUUAUGAAUUGUAUUCAAUUUGCUCAAUAUCACUGCCAAAUUUGUAUUCUUUUUAAAGUCGUUCAUGAUGUCAUGUUAGCCAUGGUAGUAGUAUUUUAAUAUUUAAAUUUGCUGUCAAAGUAAAUGUCUUGCUCUUUAGAAAAUGCUUGAUGAAUCUUUAAUAAGUUUAAGGCUUUAGAGAAUUUAUAAUAAGUUUAAGGCUUUAGAGAAUUUAUUUAACAAGUUCAUUAAUUUGGUAUGGUAUUAGUGAGUAAACAAAAAAGAUAAAAUAGUUUUCUUAUAAAUUAGUAUGAAGGAUUCUGAAUAUCACUUUAAUAUCCUGUAGGUGUACCAUAUGAUAUACUUACAUUAUAUUAAAAUAGAUUGUCAGAAUCAUUCGGAUUUGUUUCUCACUUCUAAGGCAAUGGUGUCACAAUGAGUGAUGUAACAUGCGUAGCAUACAAAUUUAUGACAUGGCUGAAAAACAUGGCAGAACAGGCCAGCGAUGUGAUAACUAAUGUUGAACUCUACUAGGUUUUAGUAUUGGAGAAAUGAUAGCCAGUUCUUCUUGGUGUUAGUCUAUAAAGUUAAAUAUUAAAUAUUAAGUACUGUUCAGGGACAUUCAGUGUUGACUGUUGUAUUUUAGGGAGAUUUUGUAAGAUAACUAAACAGUUAAAAAUACUUUGUAACAUUACAUUUACAAACUUAUUUAUUUAUUCAGCUUACAUGAUCUUCUGGUAUGUUGCAUUGGGGUCUGUGAAAUCUUACAAUAUUGCACUUGAACUUAAAAAUAUGAAAGCAGAAAAUAUAUACACAGCCAAAGUUUUAGGUGGUGAAGAGCAUGUUGUGUAUUAACGUGUUUACUGUAGCUUCGUUGUGUAAUUUAUUGUUUGUACUUUUACUUGGCAUACAUUUUUAGUCAGAACUUUGUUGAUACAACAUCUGUAUGUAAACAGCAUAUCUUUUCUCUGGUGAGUCAGAAUCAACAGUCAAUAACUACCCUGGAAAGGUUGAUGGGAGACAUGUUUUUAUUCUGAAAACCUUUUUGUUUUUAAUAUGCCACUGCAAUAUAUAGAAUAUGUUUUAUGUGAAAAAUAGUAAUUUUAAAAAAAUCAUUUCUUCAGUUUUUUACAGGGUAGAUUGGCUGUUAAAUGAAAAAUCAGCUGUUUUAAUGCUUCUGAUUGGAAAGAAAUUAACUACAUGUAUAUUGAGAAAGCAGUUUAUAAUAUAUUGUGUGCAUGUCUUAACCGACAGAUAACAGGUCAGUGAGAUUAAUUUUCUGGUCUUGUCAAACCACACUUCAUCAACAAGUUGACCUGAUCUCAUAUCUCUUUUUAUCUUUGAUAUUAAGGUACAAAAAUGUAUAAGCAAGACUGCCUGUUAAUGAGUGACAAAGGCCCUAGGUAGUUGUGUGGUACACAUACUUCAAAUAAUGAAAAUUGAGUAUUGUAUUCACGUACAUAAUUAGUAGUUAAUUUUACAUGUUUAAGGAAAGUAUAUGCAUAAUUAUUAUAUUAUAUGAAAGUUUAAAAAGUGGUCAUUAAUCAUUUUAAAUUCAAACUCAAAAUGUAUUUCAGAUUAUAUCAAUCCUUUUGUAAUCAGAAUGAAAUCAACGGUGAAAGGGAUUAAUCGUUACAAUGAAACAAAAUUUCGUAUUGAUUUUGAUAAGCGUAUGAUUUUUACACUACUGAUAAGCGUAUGAUUUUUACACUACUGAUAAGCGUAUGAUUUUUACACUACUGAUAAGCGUAUGAUUUUU